AUGACCCGAAUGAUCGUUCUCGCAGGUGCACCAGAGUCGAACAAGCUUGAUUGGAACGAGAAACUUUCCCUGCCAAAUUCCAUGCACAUUGAAACCGCCACUGCGACUACAACCAGCUCACCACCUUCGCCUUCGUCGAAAGCCUUUGGUGCGCAAUGGAGACAGAUCACUACUCAGAGGCUUCAAAUGCGCCCAAUUCUGCCGAAAUUAAACAUUGAUGCGAGGUCACCGCCGGAGGAAUUUGAGCGUCGUGGUGCCGACUUCUUCAGCGCGGAUGAACAUGCCGGCUCUCAAACACCGGGCAGCGACGAGAGCUGUGACGAGUCCCAACCAUCCGGGAGCUCGAGUGAGGCCACUUCAGAAGCGCUGUCGGAGUACUACGAGCAUUCGUUCGCGAUUCAUGAAGCCAUUCCUUCGUCACAACUAUCCGCCUUUUCAAGCUACACGCCCGGCACGCCAACCUACGAAAGCAGUGACGAGAUGUUUCCCCAGACCCCCGGAGGCGGCAUCAUCCGGACGCCAUCACAAAGACGAUUGAGCCAGGCGCCUCGGCCGAAGCACCUGAGCGAUCUGGAUGACAUUCCCAAUGCGCGUUAUCUGACGUCAAUCGAGCCGCAGACCAUGACGGUGAACCUGAUCGUGGGCAUUUUGUCAAUCUCGCCUGCCCGAACCGUGAUCACGGGGGCAAAGUACGGCAGACCGCGCGAGACAGAACUGGUGGAGCUGGUGGUGGGUGAUGAGACCAAAACCGGCUUUUGCAUCAGCAUGUGGCUACCUCGGGAAAUGCACGUCAACUGGAAAGACGGUGCCAAAGCCACUCCUGAAGGGUCGCGGAGUGUUCUGCGAAGAUCGUUGCGAUUCAUGAGACCGCGCGACGUGGUCUUGUUGCAGAACGUGGCCCUGAGUUCGUUCCGCGGAAAGGUGCACGGGCAGAGCCUCAAAGGCGACGUGACCAAGAUCGACCUGUUGUUCCGCAAGAAAGUCGACGACGACGACAUCAGCGGCAUCUACACCUUGUCCAACCUGAGGACGGCCAAAGAUCCCCAAGUCCUGAAGGUCAAGCGAGUCAAAGAUUGGAUGAUGGACUUUGUGGGCGAUGGAGGCGACCAACCGCGUGCUUCAAAGGGCCGGCGGAGAGGGAGGAACGACUAUGGUUUUCUUCCUGAUGAUACCCCUUGA